UUGUUGCUUUAAUGUUGAAUAGAUUUAAUAAUAAAAAUAAAUUUUAUGUUUUUAAUGCAUAAUAAUUACGAAAAAUGAGUGAUCAAAGUGAUAGUAUUUCAGUCAGAAAAAGACGGACAAAUGAGUCUGAAAUUACUAAAAAUGUGUCCAAAAAUUUUAAUGAUUUGUAUUUAUAUGACCCCUGUCAUACAAUUCAAGAAUCAUUGCUAAGUAAACCCAACUCUGAUAUCAAUUCACACGGAUUUCUUAAUUUAGCUCUCAUUUUGCUGAUAUUAUCCAAUACAAGAGUGGCCUUAAAUAAUUUGAUAACAUUUGGAGUACUCGUCGAUCCAUUCAAAUGGAUGCAAAUAUUUGUUGAAAAUCCUUUACAAAGACCGACAUUUAUAUUGAUUUUAAUGCUUAAUAUAUUUUCAAUUAUUUCUGUAUUUAUUGAGAAAUAUGUGGUGAUUAAGAAAAUUAGUGAAAAUAAAGCUAAUUAUCUUAUUAUAGCAAAUAUUUUUGCAAUUUUAGUCACACCUUUAAUUGUCAACAUAUUAUUUGAAUGCAAUCUAUUAUUAAUAUCAUUGGUUUGUGCCGUAUAUUCAAUAGUUAUUUUAAAGUUAAUAUCAUAUCAUUGUGUAAACCAUUGGUGCCGAACAUCAACCAAAUAUGGGAAACCAAUUACAAGUCCUAUUAAAGUACGUCAAGAGUUCAUCAAAGCAUUCAUUAAUAACAAUAAAGUGAUUAAAUAUCCCAAUAAUAUUGGAUUCAUAGAUAUGUAUUACUUUUUGUUUGUUCCCACACUUUGCUAUCAAAUCAAUUUUCCUCAAACUUCACGAAUACGUUUGAGAUUUAUAUUAUUGAGACUCAUUGAAAACGCGGUUCUCUUGCAAGUGAUAAUUGGUUUAAUUCAACAGUGGAUUAUUCCGGGCGUUCAGAACUCAUUAGAGCCCUUCAAUAAUAUGGAAUAUUCAAAAAUAUUGUCGCGAUUGCUAUUAUUAGCCAUUCCCAAUCAUAUUGUUUGGUUAAUUUUCUUUUACUGGUAUUUUCAUUCAAUGAUGAACUUAAUGGCAGAAAUACUGAGAUUUGGUGACCGAGACUUUUAUCACGAUUGGUGGAAUUCCGAAAGUGUUGAUCAGUUUUGGCGAAACUGGAAUAUUCCGGUCCAUAAAUGGUGUAAAAGACAUCUUUAUAAACCACUUCUAACUCGUGGUUUUACCCAAUUUCAGGCAUCGUUAGCCGUUUUUAUAGUGUCGGCGUUUUUUCAUGAAUAUAUUGUUUCGUUACCUUUAAAAAUGUUUGAAAUUUGGUCGUUUGCGGGAAUGUUAUCACAAAUUCCGUUUACUAUAUUUGUUUCACUAUUAAAGGGAAGAGCGGCUAACUGUGCCAUUUGGCUGCAACUUAUCAUUGGACAGCCUCUCGCUAUACUAAUGUAUUAUCACGACUAUUAUGUUACAGAAAUAAUUAACCAAAAUGUGACUGUCUCAUUUUUAUAA